AUGACAACUCAAAGUAACAAGAAACGAAUUGACUAUACCUUUGAGGUUGGAGAUCUAAUGUUACUUCCACUUCAACCAUACGGGCAAGUGACAGUGAACCGACGCGUGUCUCAGAAGCUCUCACAGUAUUUUGGACCCUUCAAGGUGCGCCGCCGGAUCGGAGCCAUCUCCUACGACUUGGAGCUACCACCGGAAUCCAAGAUCCAUUCAGUUAUUCACGUUUCUAAACUGAAGGCUUUUCAUGGUGACCACGACUCUACUCAGAUUCUACCUUCUACUACCGAUCUUGCAGCUUUAAGGGAUUUAGAACACCAUUCCUCUGAUUCGGAGGACAUUGAAGCAAUAGAUGAAGGCAGUUUUGAAGACAAAGAGGGAGAGAAGAAGACGUUUGUGGGAAAGGAACGGAGUGAAAGUGAAGUGAUAAAUGAGUUCCAAGAUUUACAUGUUCCCUCAAGUACUGAUCAUGUUGGGAAAAGUUAA